AUGCGGUUGUUAAGGACAGUAAAACACCAUGGUUGGUACCUAAUAAUAUGUGAUACAGUAAGACACAAUAAAACAAAUAGAAAUUACCCCAUCGUGGUAUUGAAAAGGUUCGCUCACAUUUUUUCCAAUCUAGAUAGUCUUCAAAAUGGAAAAGCGAUAGAAGGUGUAGUUAAAAGGGAGGAACAAAACAAUGAAGGUGCACACUAUAAUAUAAAUGGUAAAAGCAGAUAUACAUCUGGCAGUGUUCACAUACAAAGUGGAAAUUAUUACAACAUCGAAACGAAAAGAGGAGAAGGGGAUAAGACCCAACUAAGAGCCAUUCCAACAGCAGAUAAUAAAACGAAAGGGAAGAUAGAGCACCUUUUAUGUACGUAUAAAUCAAGGAAACUACAUGAUACAGUUCUAGAAAUUCUAACAGUUAUAAAUAACAACGGGAAAAACAAAGAUAUAUACAUAAAUAAGAAUAUAUUACUACCUUUUUAUAAUAUAUUAGUUAAACGUAAAUAUUACUUAAACAACUUGAAAAGUCAUAUGUAUGAUGAUUAUUGUACUCUGAACAUUUUUGAUUACAUCCAUUAUAAUAUUAAUGUACACUUAAAACAGUAUAACUUAAAAAAUGUGCAUCAUUUGUUGAGCAGUUUGUCGAAAUAUGUUCAUAAAAACAAACCUAAUAAGAUAACAAAUGAACUUAUUGCAAAUAUUUUUUAUUUUUCCUUUUUUACGCAUUUUAAUAAAUACAAUUAUGCAAAAAGAAAUAGGUAUUAUAAUGAUGUACAGUUGAGUAAGAGCAGAAAUGAGGAAAAAGAAAAAGCAUCUACUAUAGAUAAAGUACGAAAUCAGGAAAAUAGUAUAGCUAGUACAAAGGAAAAUACUAGACUGCACAAAUAUGACCACAGGAACGAUUCAAUCGAGCAGUAUUAUAACAAUAACGUAGUGGGUGGAAAUUCCCUAUCCAUGGAAGAAAAUUAUUUUGAAAAAGAUGGACUCAAAUUUUCGGCAGAUUCAAAUCUUGUUAGUAAGAAAAAAAGAAUCAUUUUAUAUAGUGACAGUUUCCCAAAAAAAGCAGCUCAAAAUAAGCUUAUAAAAUAUGAUAGAUGCUACAAUGAGGAGCAAACUUUUGUUUACUUAAACAGCUAUAUUGUUUUUUUGUCCAACCAUCCUACAUAUAUUACGAAUGAAAAGAUUAUGUACAACAUUUCUCUUCUAGCAAAGAACAUUACACAGUUUGAAAUAAAUCCCAUAAUAGCUUUGUCCUUUUUAUCAGCCAGUUUAAACGUAUUCCAUACUGUGGAAAAGAAAAAAAUGGGGGGGAAAAGGACUUCAUCUCUGUUUAUACAUACAAAAACGAACUACUAUAUAUUGUACUGUAUUUUAAAAGAUCUCAAUGAGAAGAUAAGAAAAAACAGAAUUCAAAAUAAUAAUGAUGAAGUGGACACACACGGAAUGGAAAUACAUAGGGAGCAUCAAACAAACGGCAAGUAUCCACAAACAAGUGAUAAAGUAAACGACAAUUCGUGCUAUACUACUCCGAACGAAGCGAAAGGGAAAUGUGUAAAAGGAGAAAAGGAUUACCUUAAUUUGUGGUACUUUUCUCAUAUAAUUCAUGUUAUAAAAAUUUUAAAAAUUGAAAACUUUAUAUCAUUGAAUUUUGAAUUUUCAAAGGAUGCAGAAAAGUGUGUAACGGAUGCGUUCAUCCAUAUGAUCUUUCACAUGAGUAACUACAUUUCAAAUUUUCAAAAUGGAUGUACUUUGAAUUCACAAAACGACUUGAACAGCUUUGUGUCUAUAUAUGUAAACAUAUCAACAUUAUUAAAUGAGUUAACAAAGUUUAGGAAUAUUUUUAAUGUGCUUCUUACCUUUUUGAACGAUUCCUAUAAAAUCAUACAUAUACAGUAUAACAACCUGCAUGUGAACAUGAUGAUUAACCUAGUGAGAGGUAUGUACAGUCAGAUAUCAACAUAUUCAAAGGAGAAUUCGUAUGAGUUACAUUUUGGAAAAUUGCAUAAAUUGCAUAAAUUAUUUACAUGUAGCAUAAAGGUAAAGCAAGUUGAUCCAUUUCUAAAUAACAACUCAGAAAUUAAGACUCUAGUUAAUAUACUUAACCUGGUGCAGAAUGUAUCACUCUGUAUAUUGAUUCCAUAUAAAGAAAAAGAAGACGUUGAACUAAGCAAACUAAUAACAAUGCUCCACUAUUUACACAAAAUAAACAAAAUAUUCCUUUCGUUUAAUGAGAACAGUGUGUUAGAUAUACCUAUCACAAAAUAUUUGAAGCACAUUGAAAGAAAGUUUUGUAUACCGAAAAAAGGAUACAAGAACCUAGCGCAUUAUCACAUUUUGUUAUUUCUCAACUUACAUUUGUAUUACUACAACUGCAGGGGGAUAAAUUUAUCCCUCCUAAAGAACUGCUUUGCCUAUUUAGAGGAAAAGGAUUCACAUUUGUUUAUAAACGAAACGGAGGUAAUCAUGUUUUUAAAUUUUUUUUCCAAGUUAAUGCAAAUAAAAGAAAAUGUGAAAAGAAAAAAUUAUAUUUUUUCUCUGUUUAAACUUGACCAUUUUAAAAAUACGCAAAUUGGGGGAAAAGGGAAAAAGGUUCUAUCGAACAUGCACCAGUUAGUAGUCCAUUCUAACAGGGUCGAAGAUGACAACAUUUUCCACUCCAUGAGACAGUAUGUUGAACAUAGCACAUUAUCAGAUAUCAUGAAUAUAUUUGUAAAAAAAUAUUUGAACAGAAUUAUACAUAUUUUAUUUUUUCAAAACUGGGUGCAGUUAAAAAAAAAUUUAGUACUCGAAUAUAAUACGAGCUUUUUAAAUACACAGCCAAAGAUAAAAAACACAAAAUUAGAAUUUCCUUCAACUGUUUGUAGUAGCAAUAUGAAUAGUAUGAAUAUGCCAUUUUUUCCGUUGAUGAAAUACUCCCUUAAUGUGUACUUUAUGACUUACGAAAGUGUGUAUUCCAAUUACCCAUAUAAUGAAGCCGUAAAAGGAGGAGUAUUACUUAACUUGUUAAACAACAUGAUCAAAUAUAAAAGAAAUAAAUUAAAUGGAGAAAAUUUUUUUUUUAUAAUCUCGUGCUUGUUAAAGGCUAAAAUGUUUCGUCAUGAAGUCUACUACAUGUACUACAAAUUAUUGAGCACAAAUUUGCAGCAAUGGGAAAUGCCAUAUGUAUUUUAUAUAAUGAGGCGAAUAUUUGAAGAGACAGCUGAUACGGAUGUGAUGAACAGUAAAGGGGUUGGCAUCCAUGGGGGCAACAGUAGCAGCAAUAGCAGCAGCAUUUGUAGCGGAAAUAGCAGCAGCAUUUGUAGCAGCAAUAGCAGUAGCAUUUGUAGCAGCAAUAGCAGUAGCAUUUGUAGCAGCAAUAGCAGUAGCAUUUGUAGCGGCAAUAGCAGCAGCAUUUGUAGCAGCAAUAGCAGUAGCAUUUGUAGCAGCAUUAAUAGCAGCAAUGCAUCCGUUGAUGGUGAUGUACAUCGGAAUAAUGCCCCUAAUGACGAUGUGCUUAGUGAUCCACGGGGCAGGUUACACCGAAUGGGCAUAAACAGUUUAAUCGUUAGAGCAAUCGUAGAGCUGUCAAGCAAAAUAAUAUUAAACGACAAAAAUUACAUAAAUAAUUUCAAUUUUUUUAAAGAAGUUUUACAUGUUUAUUUUGAGAAAUACGAAAAAUUAUCUCUCACUUAUAAGCGCUUUAACUAUUUCGUAUUGUCCUAUCUUAAUAAUUUCACAAAAUGCAAUAAAAAAGAAUGUGAAAAAAAUUUAAUUGAAAAUAAAUUGGUCAUGCUCAUAAAUAAUGCAGCUAGCUUUUUAUACACGAUUAAUAAGUAUUCAAAUAAAACAAAAAAAAAUGAAAAAACGGAUGUAAAGGAAAAAGAAAGAAAUAUAUUGCAUGUACAUAAUACAAAAAAAAAGGACGAAAAACCAAAGUAUGCCGACAAUGUUUAUGAUUUAAAAAAAGAGCACGCGCAUUAUCUAAUGGAAUGUAUAAGGCACACAAAAAGUGAACUACCACCCAUUAUAUCAGCUUCGUCAUCUCACAUGGAUCACAUCAACUGUACAUUUAAAAGGAGCAAUACGGAAACAAACGAUGAGCAUAGGGUCCAAAAGAACGGAGCGGAGCUAAUGAAAAAUGUUCAACUUCAUAAGAGUGAUGAUACAUAUAGCGGCAAUUGCAGCAGUAGUUACAGCGGUACACACCGUAGCAACGAACGUGGAAGUUACGACGAAGAACACUUGAAAAACAAACUGACAAAACUACUACAGAAACUCUUGUGCAUACUAUAUAUUAAUAAAAUGAAAAAUAAAAUGCAACAUGAAAUAGAAUUAACAAGUAGAAAUAUUAUAGAUAUACUUAUCUCCUUAAAAAAUUGUAAAUUGCGAUAUGUGAAUAUUAUUCAAGUAUUGUCAAAAAAAUACAUUGAAAACAUUUUUACUCAAAAGAGCUCAGUUAAAACGGAAUACCAGUUAAAGUUUUUUAAUACUAUUAUAUUUCUGGACUAUUUUAAAGAAGCCAAUAAUUACUUCGAGGAGUACAUUUUAAACAAAACGGAUGAAAGCUAUAACGACAAAUUGCACCAUCAGGGAAAACCCUUCAAACGACUCAAACCGCACAUCCUGUAUUCCCAUUUUUUAAAAAUGCCAAUAAUGGAAGUUAUAUAUGCUUCAAACAUAUCAACAUAUCUUUUAAAUUUUGUCAGCUUCCUCGACUACGUAGACAUUGAAAGUCAAAAGAGAGUUUGCUCAAAGGUUAAAACGUUGAUUCAAAUAUUGUUGAAAAUGCACUGUACAUAUGACCAGCACCAUAAUCCUCAUAAUCAUCACUCAUUAGCGAAUAAACUUGUCAAAAGAAAUAUUUUUAUCCUUUUCACUUUACUAAAUUUCGCUGGUCCUUCCUUUGAUAUAUCAUCCCUUCAUUUUGAAUCACUAAACAUAUUUUAUAAUAAUUUCAUUUUAAAUUAUUUCCCCCAACAUACUAAUAUGAUACAAUCCUCCUCGACUCACCAAAAUGUUUUUGAGUUUCUUACGAACUUUUUAGAAAAAUAUUCACACCGAUACGAAGUGCACAACGAAAAACACGUUCACUUAUUUAAUGUAGAUAUAGUAUUAGUAAUACUAAGAAAACUGUAA